AUGACAGAACCUGAAUACACCCCACAGACGACGGUCCAGCCCACGCUCUCAGACUUGCUUACGAUCGAACCAUCGGCGUCGAUAUUCUAUUCCUACGCCAGAGAGUUGGAGAUGAGCUCGAUGCUCUCUAAGCAGGACUCGAAGUUGACUUUAUUCGUGCCCACAAAUAAGGCUGUGAUGGCUCUGGCGAGGAAACCUCAUCAAGGACCUGAACAACCUAUAGAGGUUGAAAUUUCCGAUGAGGAGUUCCACAAUAGAGCCAAGAAACAUGUUGAACGCUGGGUUUCUGCUCAUAUCGUUCCUGAAUACCCAUUGUCUCUUGACGGGAACAAUCACCCUACGCUUCUAGAUGGGAAAUCCAUUUCAUUCAAGCCUAUAUCCAAAGUUAGUGGCCAUGGGGCAGAAUGGAGCCGAGUAACGUUGGAUAAUGGUGCCAAGAUAGUAGGCAAGAAAGAGGGUUUGAAUGGAGACUUGUAUCUCAUCGACGGAACAAUUUCAUUGGACUGA